AUGCCACCCAUCAUCAUUGGCAUGCAAGUUGGGCUGCAGGCUUUCAACUUUUCCCACUACUCCCGCUCCGCCGACGUCGUCCUCCGCGGCUACAGCGGCUACAACACGCGCUGGGCCGCGCGGGUGGCGGGCCGCGCCGUGGCCACCGUCGCCGGCGCCGUCGCCGCCGUCACCGUCUGCUUCGGCGCCAACGACGCCGCGCUGCCCGACCGCGCCAGCGCGGCGCAGCACGUGCCCGUCGGCGAGUACAGGGACAACCUCCGCGCCAUCUGCGCGAUGCUGCAGCGGCGCUGGCCCGGGGUCGUCGUCAUCCUCGUCACGCCGCCGCCCGUCGACGAGGACGGCCGCCGCCGGUAUCCGUACGCGCACGACUACUCCGGCCUGCCGGAGCGCACCAACGCGGCGGCGGGGGUGUACGCGCGGGCGUGCGUGGAGGUGGCGCGGCAGUGCGGGGUCAGGGCCAUGCAGGGGCGACGCCCUGGGGCCAUCGACAUCUGGUCCAGGAUGCAGAAGUUCCCCGGCUGGGAGAAGUCCUUCCUCAGGGACGGGCUGCACCUGACUCCGCGCGGGAACCGGGUGCUGUUCGAGGAGGUGGUGUUCGCGCUCAAGGACGCCAACCUCAGCCUGGAGGCGCUGCCGGCCGACCUGCCGCUCUUCGGCGACAUGGACCCCGACAACCCGGCCAAGUCGUUCGAGGACCAAGACGAGUCGGCCGAGAGCGCUGACGAGGAGAUGGCAAACUGCAGUUUCGAGACUGGCAAUUAGCGCGUCAGCACAAUUAAUGUUGGGAACAGGGUUCUUUUCUAAUGUGGCGUGUCCUGUUGCUCCCGAGUGGCCGAGCUCAAGCAGGCGAUGUCUAGAAUCGUAAUCCAAUUCAUGCAACUGUAUUUUGUUGUAAUAAGUUUUUUUUUCAGGUUCAUUCUUUUAACCAAAAAAGAUGUCCAAUAAAUGCCCACGGGUUUGUUCCU